CCCCCGCUCCCAGCAGCUCUCAGCCACUCUGCCUCCUGCCCCGGCACCCGGCGGACUACCCGAGCAUCCCCAGUAUGGAGCGGAGCGGAGAGCGGCCCCAUCCCGGCCUGUAAAUUCUAUCAAUUUGCUGCCUCCGCCACAACUGAGAGCACACAAUAAUUGGUGGGAAUUUCCUGCUCCGGGGCUGAUCAUUGUCUUCUAAGCACUCCUGUUUCUCAGCUGAAGUCAGAUAAACAGAUUAUUCCAUCUCUUCUAGCCCAGAACUUCUUCAAGGGGCUUUUUAGGGGAGAGAGAUGCAAAUUUCAAAGCUCCAUUAGUUGCUAUGAAGCCACGCAGAAUGAUUUCUUGAUUGGAACAUCUAGACAGUGCUUCGUUUAAUAGAAAUAAAACAAAAACCUGCAACAACAGCCCUCAAAGUGUUUGUAAGGACCUGAUUGUUGAAGGGUGUACGGUUCAGUAUCUCUUUCAUUCAUCUUUCAACAUGAAGAGAUCAAGCUGCACCAUUUAAACCUCCGCAUUACAGAUCAAGGUUUGGAAUGUACGCAGUGCUGGACUUUUGAAGGACAUAUUGAACAACAUCCAAAAUCCGGCUAGCAAACCCAGGAUCCCACACAGCUCAAAGCUUGCAAAGCCUCGGGACUUGAUCAGAGCCUCUCUGCUGUCCAAGUACAUCUGUGGGGCAUUGCUGCUGCAGCGUUACAGGAGGGAGUAUUGCUGAAUUCUUUUGCCAGAAAACUCUCUUUACUGAAGCACCAAUCCUGUUACAUGAAGUACUUGGAGUAUCGAUGAGGGUGAAAAUCUACAACGAAUAUCUGUCCUCCUUUGAUCAUUGCCACCGGGUGUGAUGCCCAGUGUUUAUCAGUCCACAAUUACAGAAGCCUAAUGGACUUUGGCCAGGACUUACAUUAAGUGGACCCCAAGUUUUCUGGUGAACAGUGGAUUUGAGGAAAUUUUUUUACGUACACUGGAUCCUUAAUAUAAGCACAACUUGGGACACCUUGAAUUUUUUUCCUGGACCCAAACUGGGUAACCAAGACACCUCCGCUCCUCCAGAAGCAAUGGCACAACCAUAUUCCACCACACAGUAUCCACAACCCCCACAGAAUGGGCUUCCAGCAGAAUAUGCCACCCAGCACCCUCUUCCUACACCGGAUUACUCUGGCCAGACUACAGUAUCGGAGCAUGCACUGACCCUGUAUACAGCAGGACAUAGUCACGGAGAACCUCAAGGGAAUGAAGUCAGCACACAAUCUGUGACAGGGACACAAACACUUACGACAGAUGAAGUAUCACAGACAGACAGCAGUCAGCAGCUACAGUGUCCAGAGAGCACAGAGAAGCAACAACCCAAGAGAUUACAUGUGUCAAAUAUCCCUUUCCGCUUUCGAGAUCCUGACCUACGGCAGAUGUUUGGGCAAUUCGGGAAGAUUUUAGACGUGGAAAUCAUUUUUAACGAGCGAGGCUCCAAGGGCUUUGGGUUUGUAACUUUUGAAACUAGCAUGGAUGCAGAUCGUGCGCGGGAGAAACUGAACGGGACAAUCGUUGAGGGAAGAAAAAUAGAGGUAAAUAAUGCUACUGCUCGGGUUAUGACUAACAAGAAACCUGUCAACCCUUACACAAAUGGCUGGAAGUUAAACCCAGUGGUUGGAGCAGUGUAUGGACCUGAGUUCUAUGCUGUAACCGGCUUCCCAUACCCUCCUGCAGGAGCAACAAUUGCAUACCGAGGGGCACAAUUACGGGGAAGGGGACGAGCGGUUUACAACACAUUCCGUGCCGCCCCUCCUCCCCCACCUAUUCCUACUUAUGGGGCAGUUGUUUACCAAGACGGCUUCUACGGAGCAGAAAUAUAUGGAGGAUAUGCAGCCUACAGAUAUGCCCAACCAGCAGCAGCUGCGGCCUAUAGUGACAGUUAUGGCAGAGUGUAUGCAGCAGCAGAUCCUUAUCACCACACCAUUGGCCCUGCAGCUACAUACAGCAUUGGAACGAUGGCUAGCCUGUACAGAGGGACUUACAGUCGAUUCACCCCCUACUAGCAAGUGAUCAGUCACCCUUAAAAUGAGAUCUAAACAAAAAAAAAACAAUAAAUCAAAUACAAAAACAUCUGGGGCGAUGGGUCCACAGAACAUGAAAGGAACAGCCAGUGCUGCCCCCUCUGGCCUAAUCCAUGGAAGGACAAACCUUUACCUCAACCCUGCUGACCCCCCUGUGUGUGUGUAUAUCUGUGCAGGAUGCACCUGUGAUCAUUUUGUAACUUUACCUUCUGUAAUGACUUUUUGUAACUGUUUGAACUAUGCCUAAUUCUGCUCUCACCAUAAAUCCAUGGACGCAGGUUGUAUUUAAUUUUUGGCCAUUUGUAUUAGCCCAUAAUUUUAUGGACAAGUGAUUUUUUUACUGCUGUCAGGUACAUCUAAUGUAUAUUUACAUUUAAAAUAUAUAUAUAUAUGAGUUAUGAAUCCAACUAAUAUUACUCUACUUAAUUAUUUGGAUUGUAUUAUUUGGCAGUUACCUGCUGUAUAAUGAAAGGGCACAUCAAGCACACUAAAUAGAAAGGAGGCAAGCAAGCGGAAAGGUUUUAUUCAAGCUCUUGUAUAACUAGUACUCUCGGAAGUUCCGGCUGAAUAGCAGAGCACUCGCACAUUUCCUAUUGGCCACAGUGUUCCCUUUCUAGCUGAAUUACAUUUAUUAUAAUUAGAAACCAGUGAGGGCUUGUUGACAUAAACAGGUAUUGGUGUUAAAUGAAGAACUCAUAUAAGGCAAAAAUUUACAUUUUUUCUAAUGUAUAUUUUACAAUAAAGGUUUAAAGGUUUAUUAUAAAAAUGCUGGAAAGUGAGACAAAAGCUUUAAUUCAAAAUUUAGCAAACCUGCCUCUAAACUUGGCCAUACACAUAUAAAUAAUAAUCUAUAAAACAGCAGGCCCAUACACCUGAAGAUCUUUUCCCAAUGCUGGCCCAUACUGAACUGAUCCAGUAUCAGACUGGGAUGCCAUGGGCCCACCAGAAAUCCUUAUACCAUAGGCCCACCGUCCACAAUAUUUUUCUCCUCUCCUCACUUAACGACUUUACCACUUUAUUCUCCUAGUGUCUUUUCUUUAAUUACUAUAAUUGAUCCUUUCAUCUAUUUAGCCACUUUGUUCCCAUGCAGAAAUAGGGACUGACAUGAAAUGGGCAGCACUCUGAAACUUGGGCCAAUUGGGAGUUUUCCCUGGUAUCCCAGUAGACCACUCCGACACUGGACUGAUCCAAUAAUUGAGGCCUUGUGCCGAUAAUUGGAUCAAAAUGGGCAUCAAUGCAGGCCAUUGGUAGAGAACCACAUCAGCAGAUAAGCUGAUUCGGUCUGAAGGGGCUAAUUUAAUAUCUUAAAUCUGCCUCUGUAUGGGUAGCACAAGCUUCAUACAAUUAAUGGUACUUGUAUGGCGGUCCAAUCCAGACCAAUAUUGCAUUAUGAGAGCAAACAUAGUCAGCCACUGUAACACUUGCAUUGGUUUAAAAGCUCAUAUAAAAGAGAUAGAGAAAAGGGCAGGAGCGAAAAGCUGCAGAAGAAAAUACUUUAACUAUUAGAAUUCUAGUCUUACAAGAGCGAUUCAGCAUUCUCUGUAAAGUGCUGCAUAAUAUGUUGGUAUAAAUAAUAAUCCAAUAUACAUCCAGGUUUCUAGAGCCACUGAUUCCAGCAAGCACAAUUCAAUAGAGUGGAGACCGGCAGCAUAGAAAAGAUUAAGGACAAAAAUAAUAUUCUAUAAUAGGGGUUCUCAUAAUUUUUUCACCAAUGCCUCAAAUGCUUGAAAUCAAUUCUUAGAUUAAAUUAGCAGUGCAGACAUUACCAACCAAUUGGAAUGCAUAGCCCUUUAGGCUCCAUGUAAAACAAAUCAGCAGCAAAAUUGGAAGGCACGUUGGCCUCACAGCUUGGGAAACCCCCCAUUGUGUGCAAUAUUAUAGUUCAUAGUAUGGAAGAUCUAUUGUAUAUAAAUGCUGUAAAUGCAGUUUAGGCAGUGACAAGCUAUUGGCAUUUAGAAUAUAAGAAAGAUAUCUGUAGCUAAUACUGUGCCAUUAAGUCCUCUUUUUGCAGUAUUGACUCAUACUAUUUGCCACUGCCUGCGUCUGCAACAUUUAUCAGUUCAUAUUUUGCCAAAAUACCAUGAAUUUAGUUGAUUUUUUUUUUCUUGUUUCAUGUUUUUUGAGGGUUAUUAUGAAAAAUUUUAUUUGGAAGGUUGCCUUUUUACCUUUGUAAAACCAGUAUUUGCUUCAUGAGUAUAGCACAAUGUCAGUGCUCUUGAGUAAUGGCACUGCCAUGUCAACCCACUACCAGCUUCCAUUCAACUUUGGGGCAUUUCUGGGAUAUUGUGUUUUUAGUGAAGGGAAUUCUGCCAUUGUGUUUUGUUAAUUCAUAUCCCUUACUACAAUCCCUUUGGGUUCAGCUGAGCUUUUUUGGAUAACCAACAGAUUUUGAAGCCUGGCUUUAUGAAUGGAAGUUUAUGGGACUAAUAGCAUUUAAACCUCAUUAUAUUGUAUUUGCAAUUCCUUAUCCUACACAAAGGAUGAAAGAUACAAAGUCCUGUAAACUUGAAUAAAGCAUUGCUUCUGUUAAUUACA